AUGCGUCGCAACCGUUGCAAUGGUGGUGGUCAUGGCGGAAGAGGCCGUGAAGGCCGUGGUGGUUGUGGUUGUGGUAUCAGCGCUGUCCAUGAUGGACGGGCUGAUCAAGAAGAAACAAAAGAAGAAAGUAACAAUGAAAGUAACAAUGAUGGACGUGGGGCAGGUGCAGGAAUGAGUCUGCUAUCAUCCACAAACACCCUUACCAACCAAUGUGAACUGGACUCGCACGCAGAUACAUGUGCUUUUGACCCUGCUGGAUGUUGCGUCCUUUCAACGUCCUCUAAGUCAAUAAAUGUCACCGGUUUCCACAAUGGCUUGAAAAUAAACGAUGUUCGAAUUGGAAAUGUCUGCCUUGCCUAUGACUGUCCCUUUGACCAUCAAACCUACUGUCUGCAUUUCUGUGAAGUGCUUUUGAUCCCUGGCCUAGGAUCGCAUCUACUCUGUGUCAAUCAACUGCGUGCCAACAGCGUGGUGGUAAAUGACAUGCCAUUAAUCCGAUUACGGCCUGAACAAGGAAACAGAGAAGCUCAUGCUAUUUUGACAUCGAAUAUACGGAUCCCGCUCCUAUUUGACAAGCCAAUUUCCUAUUUUACAUGUCGCCAACCUACCGAUGCAGAGGUCAGCGAUAUAAUGGAGUUUCAGCCUGUUUGGAUGACUGCAGACAUUCCUUGGCAGCCUUAUGAUCCUGAUUCCAGGCGCCAAGAAGAAGCUCUGCGACAACAGAUUGAUGCUGAUUAUCAAGCACCGUAUCACCAACUCGCAUCUUUCACUCGACUUGAUUCAACGCUCCCAACUGCUGCUUGCCUUGAUCGUUUACCGCAAGUUUUAGGGGACAGCAACAAUGUCGUAUGUGGCGUACACAGUUUGACAAUUCGAUCGAUGAAAACUUCCGGAAAAUCCUACCUCAUCAAGCCGGAUCAACUUGCUCGUCGAUGGAGAACCAGUAUUGAAUGUGCUCGUCGCACCCUGGAGAAGACAACUCAACGUGCCGUUCGUGAUUGGUCGGUCGUUCAGGGGUCUCGCCGUUUUCGCCCUGUACAAUAUCAGUUGGAGUAUCCGAGAUUGAAAACAAAUGUUUAUGUUGAUGUUAAGUUUGGACCCUGCAAGUCAGCUGAAGGAAACACUUGCAUCGCGGUCUACGCUACACCAGUACAGUGGGCUCGUGCUUAUCCGUUGAACAAAGAAUCAGAUGUUCACACAAGCCUCACACAACUAUUUCGUCAGUUCGGUUUUCCCCAAUGUCUCAUACCUGAUGAUGCCAAGUCUCUCACUCAAGGGAAAUUCCGAGAAGUUGCUAACAAAGGACAAGUGCCGAUUCAUCCUAUUGAGCCUCAUCAUCCUAAUCAAGCACUUACAGAGGACACAAUUCGGGAAGGAAGUCGACUUUACCGUCGAUUCAUGCAUGCAAGGAAUAUCCCUAUUGCGUUCUGGGAUCGAGUUUUUAUGUAUGCUUUUGAGAUUUGCAGUCACAUGGCAUUGGGACUUGCGAUACAAGAAGGAGAAUGUGGAGCCACAAUUGUUUCUGGCAACACUAAAGAUAUCUCUCACCUGGUUGAUUUUGCUAUUUGGGAUUGGUGUUGGUGCCUUUCGCCUAAUCGCUCAUCCAAGGAUGGGAAACAACUAUGCCGUUGGCUUGGUCCAAGUUUUACUAUUGGAGCAGCUCUUUGUUUUGCUGUUGCUAUUGCCAAUGGACAAGUACUACAACGAUCGUCAGUGAUUCCACUAUCAGCUGAAGAACGAAACAGUGAACCUAUGGAAGAGAAAAAGAAAGAGUUUAUGGAAGGCCUAAAGAAGAAUCUGAAGAAGAAGUCUGAUGGAGUUUCUAUCUCUUAA